GUGGAAUACAGCCCAGUCCCAAUCAGAUGCAAAAGUGCCGGUCAACUGUCAACAUGGCCGGCUUAAUGAAAAGCGCCUACAUAUAAUUUUGGUUUUAAUUUUCCCGAGAAACAAACACCAACGUUUGAGUCCAUAGUCUCCAACAUCACCUCCUUCUCGCUUGCCUCCCUCUGGCUCACGGUGGUGUUUGCGGGCCGGAGGUGUUCAAUCGCUCAUACCCACAUCGGUUUCCAUCAUUGGUUUGAAUGAAAAACUAGAGAUUUCUGAAUCAAAUCUUGGAAUAUAAUCACAUCCGAUCCAAUGCGUAGCUUCAAGCUUAUAGAGCGAUACAAGAGCACCCAAGUUCAUGCCCUAACUCCUCCAGACGCCAAUCCCAGUAGCACCACCAGCUGCGCUGUAACAGGUAAGGUCAACCACCACUCCAAGUGGCUGAAACUGAGUCAGGCCAUCUCAGCGUCAGUAGCUGAGCCUCUUCUCCCUUAUGGGCUCCCUACGACGGAGCUCAUUGAGCCACCCAUAGACCUCCACCUCAAAUCCGUCAAUCAUGUAGAAACCCUAGCGAGCUUGUAUCGUCGGUUUCAGACAUGCUCACAAUUCGAUAAAUCGUUGAUAUGCCUUGAGCAGUACUCGCUCUUGCGCAGCCUCGGUGAUCCGAAGCUGCUCCGCCGGUGCCUUUGGACGGCGCGGCAAAACGUUGCUGAUAUACAGUCAAAGGUCGUGCUCUCGGCGUGGUUACGCUACGAGAGGAGGGAGGAUGAGCUUUCGGGGUCAACAUCCAUGGAAUGUGGUGGGCACAUUCUUGAAUGUCCCAAGGCAGCAAUGGUACCUGGGUGUGAUCUCAAGUCAUUCUAUGAUCAUUGCCGAUGUCGUCUAGCCACAGUAGAUGGAACCGAUAAGCAAAUCAUCGUUGGGGAUGAUGAGUGUUCGACUUCAAAUGAGAAUAGUGAUGUUUCUUUUUGUAUUGAUGAUGAAGAGAUCAACUGUGUGAGAAAUAAGAUUGCAGUCCUCUCUGGCCCUUUUGAGACCAUGCUUUAUGGUAGCUUUAUUGAGUCGAAAAGGGUUAAGAUUGAUUUUUCAGAAAACGGGAUAUCGGUGGAGGGAAUGAGAGCUGUGGAAGUAUUUAGUAGAACCAGAAGAUUAGAUUCAUUUCAUCCUGAGAUUGUUUUGGAGAUGCUAUCCUUUGCAAAUAGGUUCUGUUGUGAGGAGAUGAAGAGUGCUUGUGAUGCUUAUUUAGCUUCAUUGGUUUGUAAUAUUGGGGAUGCAUUGAUUCUUAUUGAUUAUGGUUUGGAGGAGACUGCGAGUCUUCUUGUAGCUGCUUGCUUGCAAGUGCUGUUAAGAGAGCUUCCGAGUUCUUUGUAUAAUCUGAAGGUUGUGAAAAUUUUUUGCAGUAUUGAGGCAAAGGAGAGGCUGGCCAUGGUAGGUCAUGCUUCUUUUUUGUUGUAUUAUUUUCUUAGUCAAGUGGCUAUGGAAGAGAAUAUGGUAUCAAAAACAACUGUAAUGUUGCUGGAAAGAAUGAGAGAGUGUGCUACAGAAAAGUGGCAGAAGGCACUUGCAUUUCAUCAAUUGGGCUGUGUGAGGCUUGAGAGGAAGGAGUAUGAGGAUGCUGAAUGUUGCUUUGAAGCUGCAACUGAGGUGGGUCAUGUUUAUUCUGUGGCUGGUGUUGCAAGAGCUAAGUACAAGCAAGGGCACCAGUAUUCAUCGUAUGAGCUGAUGAAUUCUCUCAUCUCUGAUUAUAAAUCAGUUGGGUGGAUGUACCAGGAGCGAUCUCUGUACUGCAGUGGGAGGAUGAAGAUUUUUGAUUUGAAUACUGCAACUGAACUGGAUCCCACACUUCCGUUUCCAUAUAAAUACAGAGCUGUUGCAUUGAUGGAGGAGAAACAGAUUAGGGCAUCCAUCACUGAGAUUGACAAAAUCAUUGGAUUUAAGGUGUCUCCUGACUGCCUUGAACUGCGGGCUUGGUUCUUUAUAGCACUCGAGGAUUAUCAAAGUGCACUGAGAGAUAUUCGGGCGUUGUUAGCAUUGGAACCAAAUUACAUCAUGUUUCAUGGGAAGGUGAGUGCAGAUCACUUGGUUGAGCUCCUCAGUCGUCGUGUUCAACAGUGGAGUCAGGCUGAUUGCUGGAUGCAACUCUAUAAUAGAUGGUCUUGCAUUGAUGAUAUUGGAUCUCUGGCUGUCAUACAUCAGAUGCUUGUCAAUGAUCCUCAUAAGAGCCUUCUACGGUUUCGGCAAUCUCUUCUUCUUUUGCGGUUAAAUUGUCAAAAGGCUGCAAUGCGCAGUUUGCGGUUGGCGAGAAAUCAUUCUAGCUCUGAGCAUGAAAGGCUUGUGUAUGAAGGAUGGAUAUCAUAUGAUACUGGCCAUCGUGAAGAAGCACUCUCUAAGGCAGAGGAGUCCAUCACUCUUCAGAGGUCAUUUGAAGCCUUUUUCCUCAAAGCAUACGUGUUGGCAGAUACAAGUCUGAAUCCAGAAUCAUCAGCUUAUGUCAUCCAACUUCUGGAGGAAGCUCUUAAAUGUCCUUCAGAUGGUCUUCGGAAAGGACAAGCAUUAAAUAACCUAGGAAGUAUUUAUGUGGAUUGUGGUAAACUGGAUCUUGCCGCAGACUGCUACAUGAAUGCCCUUGACAUCAAGCAUACAAGAGCACAUCAAGGGUUGGCACGGGUAUGUCAUCUUAAAAAUCAAAGGAAAGCUGCUUAUAAUGAGAUGACAAAGCUGAUAGAUAAGGCAAGAAACAAUGCAUCAGCAUAUGAAAAGCGGUCUGAAUACUGUGAUCGCGAGAUGGCUAUGAAUGAUCUAAGUAUGGCAACAAGAUUGGAUCCACUGAGAACUUACCCAUACAGAUACAGGGCAGCAGUGUUGAUGGAUGACCAAAAAGAAACUGAAGCUGUAGAAGAGCUCACAAAGGCCAUAGCUUUUAAGCCUGACCUGCAAAUGCUCCAUCUUCGAGCAGCAUUCUAUGAGUCAAUGGGCGACUUCAUUUCUGCAAUCCAAGAUUGUGAGGCAGCUCUCUGCUUGGAUCCCAACCACACAGACACACUCGAUCUGUACAAUCGAGCACGGGAUCAAGCUACCCAUCAGCAGCAGAAGUGAAGCAUCAUAUUUAUUGCUGCCCAUAAAAUCAAAGUCUGACAACAACUUCGAUAUCAAUUUCCAGGAGAAAACUACUAGACCAAUUUUCCACCUGGCUCAAUUUUUCCAGAAAGAGUCUGGAUGAGAAACAGACAUGGCCAUGAGAAGAGAACACAUCAAGCAGAGCAUAGAAUGUAUACAGGUGUGGUGGCAUCAUGGGGUUGAUGAUGAUGGAACAGCAUGUACCAGGUAGAAGGCCGCUGUUAAAAGGAGUGCCAAAAUUUGCCUCUUGUGAAUGGGUUGCUGUUUAAAGGUUCAUCACUGUAAUUUCUACAUCAUUGUUUCUUGAGAAUGGUAUAGGUUUCUCAAAUUUUGCCUCUUUAGAAACACCAUUUCUCUUGCACAUGAGAUAUGUCAUUAAGAGAUCCAACUAUGUCCCAGUUGUGACAACCCAUUCACGUUCGCUUGAUUUAUUGGAAAGGUAGCUAUAUCCCCACGGUAAAUUUGUACAUCCAUUCAUCCUGGAAUAUUGAAAAUUUUCUUAUUUCAUGUAGCAAAGAUCAUGGGUGUGCUCUGUAAUUCCUUUUCAUUUUUACUUAAAAAGACUUUUGUUUUGA